AUGGAAGAGAUUGACCAUCUGUACCCAAACGCGUCGCGCAGCGUCACUGCUCUCCAAGGCACGGCACGGACGAUGUGGUUCACCGGCGUGGUCAUCGCUUCAAUUUACGGUGUAAUAAGCGUUUUGGGGCUAAUCGGCAACAUCACGCUCAUCAAGACGUUUUGCUCUGCCAAAUCCAUCCGCAAUGUGCCCAAUCUCUUCAUGUCGAGUCUUGCGCUCGGGGAUGUUUUACUGCUGGUGACCUGCGCUCCGGUGGAUGCCAGCCGCUAUCUGUCAAAGGAGUGGCUCUUCGGGAGAGUGGGCUGUAAAGUCAUCCCCUUCAUUCAGCUCACCUCGGUUGGGGUGUCUGUGUUCACUCUCACGGCCCUUUCUGCUGACAGGUACAGGGCCAUCGUGAAGCCUCUGGACAUACAAACAUCAAGCACCACUACCAGCAUUGUCCUGCGGGCGGCGCUCAUCUGGCUCUUCUCCCUGAUCCUGGCUAUCCCCGAGGCUGUAUUCUCUGACCUCCAUACCUUCAACGUUACCUCCACUAAUGAGAGCUUUGUCACCUGCGCCCCUUAUCCCACAUCUGGGGAACUGCACCCUAAGAUCCACUCAAUGGCCUCCUUCCUCAUUUUCUACGUCAUUCCACUGCUGGUCAUAUCCGUGUACUACACCUUCAUCGCCCGCAGCCUGAUGAGGAGCGCCUCAAACCUGCCUGUGGAGGGGAACGUGCAUGCAAGACGACAGGUUGAAUCAAGGAAGCGAUUGGCCAAAACAGUGCUGGUGUUUGUUGGUCUCUUUGCGGUAUGCUGGCUUCCCUGUCACGUCAUCUACUUAUACCGCUCCUAUCACUACUCACAGGUGGACACUUCCCUUGUUCACUUUGUGUGCAGCGUCGUAGCUCGUAUCCUGGCCUUCACCAACUCCUGUCUCAACCCCUUCGCCCUUUACCUGUUGAGCGAGAACUUCCAGAAGCAGUUCAACCAGCAGCUGAGUUGUUGCUGUCGUGUGAUCCUCAAAUGCUCAACGCAGAGCCCGACUCAUUUUAACACGCAUGUGACGUCUGUCCGCAGCACACAUCACUCUAUGGCGAGUCUAAGCAUUAUCAAUGGCAGACGGAUCUAUCAGGAGGAUUGUGUGUAAACUUAUUUAUAUAAUUUAAUAGUGGUUUGUAAAAUAUCUUAAGUAAUAUUUGAUUAUUUAUUUUACAAGCUGUGUGAACAUUAUUUAAAAAAAAAACUCAGUGCAUCCUUUGUUGUUUUUGCUUUUGAGUCAGUGACUCGUACUUCAUGUUUCCACAAAACAUUUUAUUCAUAGGAGCCUUGCAUAAAGAUAUACUGUAUAGUUGAAUGAUUGUACCUGAAGGAGUACUCCAUCAUUUGAAUAUUGCAAUUCUAUGAAUUCUUCUUGUCUCGUCCCUACGACUUUAGGCAAACUAAAUAUUUUUCCCUUCGAAACCUAAUUGAGAAUGCAGUUUUGUUGUAUGGGAAUGUAAUUUUUAAGGGACAUGGUGGACUUUUCCUAUAAUGCAAUAUGACAGAAUCUCUUUGCUAUACCCUCUGUACCUGGUAAAUGACCACGCCUUUCAAUCUCAACACCUCCAGUUUGUAUCACAGGCUGUUAUAACUGUUAAGUCUCUACGCCCAAGCUGAGAUAAACCUGACGACAUCAUCAGUGGUAUUUUGUUAGACUUGGUAAAGCUCCUUCAGAGCCACAGAAGACAUUAACUAUUUUCACAAGCUGAGUUGUACUCCCCAGGAUGACUUAACAGAACACCAUGAGUCAAAUUUGUGAACAAUUAUCAUCAUCUCUAAUGAAGCUCCAUGUACAGUAUUUACAGAAGUGAAAAGACACAUUUUGCAACAACAAAUUAGAAAGCAGUAUAUGUCUUUAGAAAUGGCAGAAUAA